CUCGCUGAGCUGAAGCCAGUUACCAUGAGGGCAUCAACGUCUCGAGUCAAGCAGCUUAUCUUACUGCUCAUCGUCUGUGGUACAAUGGGCGACAGCCACGCCUACGAGGUGCCCCCGGUGACGGUCAAGGUGAACAGUCCAAAGGGUUUUGAGGUCUCCAUACCCGAUGGGCCGGGAAUUUCACUGUUCGCCUUCCACGGCAAGCUCAAUGAGGAAAUGGUGGGUCUGAGUGAUCAGACCUGGCCAACUACUGUAGUCACGCCACGUAAUGGACGCUGGACCUAUAUUAAUCGGCAGCAAAAGCUUGAGCCAGGCGAUGUGGUCAAUUACUGGGUGACUGUCCGAUACAAUGGCCUGGACUAUCAUGCUUAUAACCAGAGCUUCCAGGUAGGCCCAAACGAUGACAGAAACCAAAAAACUACCAUCAAUUUGCCCUCAAGAGAUGGAGCCAAAUCAGAUAUAAUUAUCAAUGUAAAUCGCAAUAUAAAUAUUUAUGCUUGACAACUAUACAAAAUAUCCAAGCCAAAAGAAAUCAAAUCAAGAUUAGGAAGCUCUAGUUCUUUUUUAAAGUAAUAAUUAUGAGAAUAUAUAAGAAAAAAUAAUGAAAAAUUCUUCAAUUAUUUUAAUGGUGGAAGUAGAAAUAAAUGAGUGAUUCAAUAUAUCAUAUCCUCUUCGUUGUAUUAAAAGUAAAGUGUAUAUACGCAAAUGCUAAUUAAUAAAGGUUUUAUAAAUCUUUU